GGUGCGGUGUGAUUUUGAAUAUUAUACGGAAGAAAAGCUGCUGCGUGUAGUUUGUUUGUCAUCAUCUGCUCCGAUAGUGGAUUAAACCACUCUGAUUGAUUCAUACGACCAAUAAUAAUUAAUAAUGGCUUCAAGAUUCCUCCUUCUUCUUCUUCUUCUCUCCUUGUUGUUGAUCGGUAAUUGCAUAGAAGAAGAUGAAACAACAACAAUCAAAACAACAAUGGAACAAUUCUCUGGAUACCCAGCAGCAGACCCUUCUCAGGAAAUCCAUUCCAUUCCAGUCGAUUCUCUCGCUCUUCAGCAACAGAUUGAUGAGCUCUCAACCUUUUCGGAUUCAGCGGCUCCUUCGGUAACAAGGAUCUUGUACAGUGAUAAUGAUGUAGUGGCAAGAAGGUUCAUCAAAAACUUGAUGGGACGGGCUGGCCUUUCUGUUAGGGAGGAUGCUGUCGGCAACAUAUUUGGUCGCUGGGAAGGCAGCGAACCGGAUGCACCUGCUGUUUCAACUGGAUCUCACAUCGAUGCGAUUCCAUACUCUGGGAAAUAUGAUGGUGUAGUCGGCGUGUUGGGUGCGAUUGAAGCCAUAAACGUACUCAACAGAUCUGGAUUUAAACCUAAACGGUCGUUGGAAGUAAUAAUGUUUACCUCAGAAGAGCCCACAAGAUAUGGAAUCAGCUGUUUGGGAAGCCGCUUAUUAGCUGGGAGUGUGUCGCUUGCUAAAGCUCUUACGCAGACGGUAGAUAACGCCAAUAUUUCAUUCCUGGAUGCUGCAAAAUCCGCUGGUUAUGCGGAAAACGAGGAUUUUUCCAGCGUGUUUCUAGACGAAAAAAGCUAUUCAGCCUUUGUAGAGUUGCACAUAGAACAAGGUCCUAUCCUGGAAAACGAAGGUAUUUCGAUUGGUAUCGUGACUGCUAUUGCUGCACCAGCAAGCAUCAAAGUUGGAUUUGGAGGAAACGGAGGGCAUGCUGGGGCCGUGUUAAUGCCACAAAGAAAUGAUGCAGGACUGGCUGCUGCUGAAUUGGCGUUAGCUGUGGAAAAACAUGUUCUGGAAUCUGGAUCCGUAGACACGGUUGGGACAGUCGGUAUACUGGAAGUGCAUCCCGGGGCAAUCAACAGCAUCCCUAGCAGAUCACACAUCGAAAUAGAUACACGGGACAUUGAUGAAAAACGAAGAAAUACGGUUAUAGAAAAGGUCCACGAGUCCGCUGUGAGCAUAUCGAAGAGGAGAGGGGUGGAUCUUUUGGAGUUCAAGAUCGUAAACCAGGAUCCGCCCGCUCUCUCAGAUGAUUCGGUCAUCAACGCAAUGGAAUCCGCCGCUCAAUUAUUGGGUUUGAGUCAUAAAAAGAUGAUUAGCAGAGCUUACCAUGAUUCUCUCUUUAUGGCCAGAAAAGCACCAAUGGGCAUGAUAUUUAUCCCAUGUUAUAAAGGCUACAGUCAUAAACCUGAGGAGUAUGCCUCCCCUGAAGAUAUAGCAAAGGGAGUGAAGGUGUUGGCGCUAACCCUUGCAAAGUUGUCCAUUAACUCAUGAUAUGCACUUGACUUACGCUUUAUAUAAUGCACAAUUCGUAUCAAAUCACGCUUGGUUGUUUAAUUUGUCAACUAUUUUGAUGCUAGUGCUUCAAUUAGGGUUGGUGAAGGCCAAAUCAUCUCAGUUUGUAGUGUAAGAACAAAUCCGGUUAGGCAAAAAAUUCUUAACGGCAAAUUAAUCACAACCUAAUUUUUUUUAA